CACAUUCCCUACAGUAUCCCAACUGCUCCUACAUCCACGGCUUAUCGUCAAUGGAUUGAUGUCCAUUGAUCUCCAGGCAGAACAUGGCUGCGGAAGUAGUUGGAUCCGCUCUCAUCAAUAGAGCCAAAUCAUUACCUGUACCGCUGGUCCGCUUUCUCGCUCGAUGGCCUUCGCCAGCCCUUCAGUCCGCCGCCCCGAAGUCAUCUCCUGGCCUUGAUUCUUCCUCGCCGGCUUCAACAGACUCGACCCCCUCAGAUUUGGGAACAAGCGACACGGAUGCUUCGACUCCCCCGGUUUCGCAAAUCCUUACUGCAUCAGACACGACCGUCAAUCGCAAUCCAUUCGAGCCAUGGCGGCAUCCCUCCACAGGACGAUGGCGUCCACCGGUGUACUCGAUGCGGCAACAGCGGGAGCUGUGUAAAAUGGCAGCAGAUCAUGGCGUGGAGGAGCUGUUAUGGGCGAGCAAAAAGGCAACAUGGUUCAAGGAGAAAAAGUUAAUCGAACAAGGGCUGCGAUUGAGAAACGCUGGACCAGGAAAGCGCGUGAAGGGUCACAAGUGGGAGAGAACCUUAUCAUCUCGUCUCGAGGAGCGGAGACAGGCAAUGCUCGGUAUGCCGGCGAUGAUCGAGGAAUGGAAAAGGCUGGGACAUGGCAGAGGCUGGAAGAAAUGGCCGAAAUGAGCCUUUCGUAUUUCUUGCUUAUGUCCCCGACCUCACGCAACGAGCAUCCUCCCUAAGCGUGACUGCACGCCAUGAUCUAGUUCUUGAACGUUGAUGGAUGGCACCUUCCCCGAAAUGGUUGCGGAUGUCUCCAAUAACACCAAACCAGGGCGGCUUAUGCCAUGCAACCAAUGAGAUAUCAUGAGCAUCCACUGUACAGCAUGUUUUAUCCGGGAUAGAUCUAGGCAAUCGGCAUUGUCCGGGUGGUUGGUCAUUGUGGAGGAUGACUUUACUGUACUAUAGAUAAAUAUAUCAUGUCUAAAACAUUGGGAAUUCAUACUGCGGAG